GAACUGAGAAUGCAUAAACUGAAGUCCAGUGAGUUGAAGGCUGAGCUGGAGAGGCGGGGUCUUAACACUAAGGGGACUAAAGCUGAACUAUGUGAGAGACUAGAAGCUGCAGUUGGGGAUGAACUUGUUGAUGCUGGUGCUGACCCUGAUGCUCGUGAUGUGAGAGGUGUACAGCAAUCUGAUGGUGCUCAUGUCGUAGUGGCAGCCAAUGUAAACUCAAACAUGACUGAUAAGGAUUCAGGUGUUAAAACCGAUGGUUGUCCUGCUGCUGUUGAUAGUGGUAGAUCUGUCACUGAUGUUGAUGGUCAGAGUAUAGGAGUUGAAUUAGGUGUGAGAAGUGAUGUUCUUUCGCACGAACAGGUUGUGCAUCCCCAGGAUAGUGCAUCCAAUGUAUCCAGAGCAUCCCGUUCCUCUACCUCCUCGGUCAGGUCUAGGAUAGCUAAAGAAGCAGCAAACAGAGCUGAGUUGGAGGUCAAGCUCAAGCGUAUGACAGAAAAGCAAAAGCUGAGCAGGGAGUUAGCCAGAUUGCAGGAAGAAAAGGAGCUGCUUGAGAUAAAUGAAGCCCUUGAUGUGUCCAAAGCUCGAGAAGUUGCCUUGUCUGAACAAGUGAAAAUGAUUGAACGCUCUCAACAGGUGCAAGCAGAGGCGAACAUCACUCAACCUCAGUCCGGAGUGCACUGUCAGCAACAACAGCAGGUACUGACGACCCAGCCUCCACAUGGAGUACUACAGCCGCAGAUGCAAGAGCGAAGACAGUUCGUGGAAGCUCAAGGAGCUCCGACUUCGGUGAGCGCUAGAGGACCAGUUCUCGGUCAGGUCGCCAGUCAGGAACCACUCACUUCAGUAGGACAGUCUUUGGUGUUCCAGCACAGGUUUUCAGACGCUAUCCCGGAUCAGUAUGCUGCAUGUUCACAGGCAUCACAAUUAGCAGGUCAACAUGUCGUUCAACAUGGUGCUAUUCCACACUUCCCACCGAUAGAUGAACAGAGCAUCCAUCAAACUACCUCGCGUCCAGUGAAUCACCAGGUCGGCGAACGAGUCGUCCGCUCGGCCGGCGCACACACAGUUUCACACUCGUCAGGGGAGAGCGCUCAGCGUGCUCUCGCCGGGUUCAUGCGUCUUCCAUCAGUGGAGAUAGCGAGAUUUGAAGGUGACGUCACUGAAUAUCCCCAGUUCAUCCGAGCAUUUGACUUGAAGAUCGCGUCCAAGUUAGACGACCCUGAUGAGAAGUUGUACUACUUAGAACAGUACAUGGUUCCUGGUACAAAGCCGCACCACAUCGUGUCUGCUUGUAUGUAUCUUCAGGAGGGCUACGACGAAGCCCGACGGUUGCUAGAUAGUAGAUACGGACGGCCUAGUACUGUAUCAGCGGCGUUCAUUGCUCGUCUAGAAAAUCACAGUCAGAUUCGAGCGGAUGAUGUACAAGGACUUGAUUCUUUUGGUAUCUUGCUCACCAAGUGCAGGAACGCUCUGAGUAGUUGCGGCACACACGAGACUCUUCGCGACCCCAGGACACUGAGAACAAUCGUGGGGAAGCUCCCUGGGCUACUGAUCAACAAAUGGAGACACAAAGUUGAUGACAUCGAAGAGAUUGGAGGUCGAGAAGCGAACUUUGACGAUUUGGUCGCGUUUGUAACAAAGGAAGCGAGAGUUGCGUCUAACCCCACAUACGGUAGGGACAUGUUUGGCGGGAACCCCAUGAGUAGGACACCGGUGACACGAACGAGUCCACGGAUGAGCUCUGGUCGAGCAGUGGUAACGGCGACUCAUGUCACGCCGCGUCCCGAGGAGAGCCACUGCGUAUUUUGUAACCGACGAGGUCAUGAUGUGUGUGAGUGUGAGAGUCUCUCCGCAGUCACGAGUCAACAGAAGCAAAACUUCGUCCGGGAGAAGGCUCUGUGCUGGAGCUGUCUGAAGCAAGGACAUCGAAGUCGCGACUGCAGGCGAAGAGCGUCGUGCAGGACAUGUGGAAGGCGACAUCCAACCUCACUACACUGGGAACGAUCUGAACAGUACGUGCGGCAAUAUCAGCAACAGAGUGGACAGCACCCGGAUCGAGACGACACUCAGCAUCAAAGGGAGGAACAACAGCCACGAGAAGGACAACAGGGCCGUCAGCAUGACCAAUCACAUGUUGUCCAACAUCAGCAUGGACGUGGACAUGAGCUGAAUCACACCCAGCAGCAGCAACGAGAGGGGCCUACCGACGCCGCCAGAGUAACAACAUGUCAAACAGCGGGUGAGUCUGAGGCUAGCAAGCCAGUUCUCCCUGUUGUGCCUGUUGUUGUUCGUGUUGGUACGAGUACGUGUCAAACAUACGCUUUUCUCGAUAGCGGCUCGACACAUUCCUUCAUCUCCUCAGCGUUGAUCAAAGAGCUCAACAUUGACAACAUGCCACGCAAACAGCUUUCACUGACGACAGUCGACAGAAGCACGAAGGUGGAAACACAUGUAGUAGAGGGAGUAACGGUUUCGGACCUACGUGGGCGGCACGCGCUCCGGCUGCCUCCGCUGUUCGAAUUGGAGCGUAUCCCGGUGGACCCAGAGGAGUUCCCCAGCCACCAGCUCGAUGUCAGUAGGUGGGAACAUCUCACAGGAGUAGAAUUCGAGCAGGCAGACGCCACAUGCGUUGGACUUCUCCUCGGCGCCAACGCGUUUCUCAGCAUGGAGCCGCUGCAAGUGAUACCCAGUCGCAACGGAAGCCCGUAUGCUGUGCGCACGAGGUUCGGCUGGAUCCUGAGUGGGGUGACGUCUUCCUCAGCCACAGACAGCGGAACAAAGGUCUACAGAACGUCGGUGAAUGACAUCGAAGAUAUGAUACAAGGAAUGUAUGAUCGGGAAUACGAAGAGAACCUCAACUCAAUGAAGAGAGGCCUGUCUGAGGAGGACAAGAAGUGGCUCACGGUGAUGGAGGCGUCCAAGAAAGUUGACAGAGGACACUACCAGUUCAGCAUUCCGUUGAAGGAUGAAGACGUCGUACUGCCGAACAACCGCGUCCUGGCAGAGAGAAGACUGACUAGUCUAGGUCGCCGAAUGAAGAACGAUGUUGAGUUCGCUGAGCAGUACCGAGAUUCUGUGGAAGAAAUGAUCGACAAGGGAUACGCUGAGCCCGUACCAGUAGCAGACAUUCAUCGUGACGACGGCAGAGUGAACUACUUGGCGCACCAUGGAGUGCGCCACGCGUCAAAGAACCGCAUCCGCGUCGUCUAUGACUGUGCUAUGAAGUACGGCGGUGUCAGUCUGAAUGACUGCUUACUGCAAGGCCCCGACAUGACGAACUCGCUACUCGAUGUCCUGAUGCGCUUCAGGAUGGAACGAGUCGCCUUCAUGGCUGACGUGGAAAGUAUGUUCAACCAGGUUCGGGUGCCAGAGUCUGAGCGCGAUCUCCUCAGAUUUCUGUGGUGGAGAGACGGGCGCCCCGACUCUGGUGUGGUAGAGUAUCGGAUGACUGUCCAUAUCUUCGGAGCGAAGUCUUCGCCAAGUGUGGCGUGCUACGCCUUGAGAGAGACGGCGACGGACUUCGCAGAAGAGGUAUCACCUGAAGCAGUGAAGACUGUAAACAGCAACUUCUACGUCGAUGAUGUGUUGAAGAGCACUGACGACGCUGACAUGGCCAUCUCGUUGGCUCACGACCUGAAGACGCUGCUGGAGAAAGGUGGGUUCAGUCUCAAGAAGUUCACCAGCAACAGCUCGGCGUUUAUGUCCUCGAUCCAGACAGGCGACAGGUCAAAGGUGAUGCAGACAUGUACAGGAGUCGGUGAAAGUCUACCAGAAGAGCGCGCCCUGGGCGUAGUCUGGGAUACAGAGAACGAUCUGCUGAGGGUAUCUGUCAACGCGACCAGUCUGCGGGCGAAGCCGUUGACCCGCAGAGGCAUCCUUUCAGCAGUGAGUUCUAUUUACGACCCGCUCGGUCUCGUUUCGCCAACGAUAAUCUGUGGCAGGAAGAUCCUACAAGAUCUCUGCAGGACGAGAGAAAUCUGGGACAAGGAGAUUCCAGCUCAACAGCGCAGCGACUGGAUGAAAUGGCUAUCUCAUCUGGAUGCUACUCAAGAUCUGUGUGUCCCACGGCAUCUGAAGCCAGCUGAAUUCGGUGGAAUGGCGACGCUCCAGAUGCAUCAUUUCAGCGACGCUAGUGAGUGGGCGUAUGGUACAGUCACCUAUGCUCGCUUCACUGACCAGCAGGGAGAUGUCCAUGUCGCUUUCGUGAAAGGUACAUCACAUCUGGCUCCACUGAAGAAAAUAACGAUUCCUCGUCUGGAGUUGAUGGCUGGAGUGACGGCGGUACGUGUUCGGUUGCUGAUAGAGGACGCGAUGGAGCUCGGUUCGGAGACAGAACAUUUCUUCUGGACGGAUAGUACUACCGUUCUCGCAUACGUGCAGAACACUGCGACUAGAUUCCACACGUUUGUCAGCAACAGGUUGGCGAUCAUCCACGAUGGAUCAAAGACUGAGAACUGGAGGUUCGUGAGAGGUGAAGAAAACCCGGCCGAUGACAGUUCACGAGGUGUUCAGAGUGAGAGGUGGCUUUCUGGACCGGCUUUUCUUCGGCUUCCAGAGGAGCAGUGGCCCAUGAUGCCUCCAACCAAGGUGAAGAUAGCGGAAGAAGACCCUGAAGUGAAGAAGGUGAAGGUCUGUGCAAUGAAGGUGUCAGAAGAGAAGAUGAAGGAUCCAAUCGAAGUGCUCAUUCGUCAUUACAGUAAGAAGCAGGCUCUUCUAAGGGCAGUGGCUUGGCUGCUGAAGGUGAAGAAGAGAUUGCAGGAAAGAGCGACAAAAUCGCAGGGUCGAGAAACGGAGCGUCCAUCUCGACUCCAGCUGAUAGAUCUCGAAGAAGCAGAGAACUGUGUCGUUAGGUGGGUACAGGAGCAGAGUUUUCCUGAUGAGCUGGAGACACUCCGCAAUGGGAAGGAAGUGAAGGGAGCUCUCAGUAAGCUGAAUCCAUUCCUGAGUGAUGGGAUCCUCCGAGUUGGCGGACGUUUGAAGAAUGCUGACGUCACCCUGGACCAGAAGCACCCAAUUGUACUCCCGGAUUGCUAUUUCGCCGAACUAACUGUUCAACAGGUGCAUGAGAAGGUCGGACACUCUGGACGUCAACAUGUGUUAGCUGAGAUACGGAGACGUUUCUGGAUCGUGAAAGGGAACUCGAUCGUCAGACGAGUGAUUGGACGUUGCCUCGGAUGCCGCCGACGACAUCGCCCACCAGAAUCUCAGAAGAUGGCGGACCUGCCGAGUGACAGAGUCACAGCGGAAGAACCUGUAUUCACUCGAACCGGAGUCGACUAUUUCGGACCGUUUUUUGUCCGACAAGGACGGAAGCAGGUGAAGAGGUACGGAGUCGUUUUUACUUGUUUGGCGGUGAGGGCCGUCCACAUCGAGGUCGCCGAAAAUUUGUCAGGAGAUUCAUUCCUGUGCGCCUUACGUAGAUUCGUCGCACGGAGAGGUCACGUCAAGGUGCUCAGAUCAGACAAGGGGACAAAUUUUGUUGGUGCCAGUCGCGAGCUUCGAGAGGAGUUGGAGAAACUGCGAAGCAAUGAAGAUGUGCUGCAUCGUACGCUGUUGAAUCAAGGAGUAGAAUGGAAAUUCAACACAGCCGCAGCGUCCCACCACGGAGGUGUCUGGGAACGACAGAUACGCUCAAUCCGAAGAAUCCUGGGAUCAUUGCUGGACUCGCAGACGUUCACGGAAGAAACUCUGUUGACUCUAUUGUGUGAAGUAGAGGCAAUAUUGAACAGUCGGCCACUCACCCCAGUAUCCUUAGAUCCGGUUGAUCACGAGCCACUCACUCCCAACCAUUUGCUGAUUGGUACCGGCAGCGUGGUGAUGCCGUUCGGGGUAGUAGGCCAGAGUGACUCAGAUAGUGUCAAACGUUGGAAGCAGGCGAGGUAUCUCGCGAAUCUGUUCUGGAAGCGGUGGCGAGCAGAAUACUUACCGUUGUUACAGGAACGACCGUAUAGGGUGACAAGGAAAAUGACUAACCUUGUUGUAGGAGACGCGGUUCUAGUUGUUGAUGAUGCUGUGCCGCGAGGCCAGUGGCCAUUAGGAGUAGUGGAGCGAGUCCGAGUCGGAGCAGACGGAUUAGUGCGCUCGGUAGAGAUUAAGACCAGAGGCGUCACGCUUCAGCGACCGGUGACUAAGCUGAUUAAGCUGUAGGCGAGAUCGUGUACUCUGUAUGGAAGAUGUUCCUGUGCGUCAUGUUCGUGUCGUAGACUAAGGUUGAAGCCAUGUAUUGCGUGGUGGCUUCAAGGGGGCGGGUGUAGUUGCCCUCUAGCUAUAGCAGCAGUCUAGCGCCGGCAGUCACGCUAUAGCAGCGGUUUAGCGUUCGAUCGUCGCAACAUCUAUAUUAGUUAAGCGCCGAUAGUCACGCUAUAGCAGCAGUUUGGCGUUCGAUCGUCGCGACAUCUAUAUUGACCGAGUGUGAUUACGCGUGGGUAUUUACAAGUACUCGAAUGUGGCAGGUACUUUAAAUACUCGAAUACCAUUCUGAUGAAUAUUUCCACGGUUUUCUUUGAAUGCUAUGAACAAUAUUUUGUACAACGUUUUCGAAUCUAAGAACCUAAAACAUUGUGACGUGUCAGCAUUUUCGGUAUGAUAGUGGUGGGCACUGUCGUGUUCCUGCCACGCCCGUUUUGUGCGGCCGACAUUCUUGUUCAGGAUUGUUUCUGAGGAUGGUUUGAUUUCCCUGGCGCUAAUGAGUGAGUUUAGGAAGUGAAAUCUUGCAUAACUCUAUGUGGAUUGAAUCAGAUAAAUGCCCGUUGUUGAUGGUGAUAUGAAACUAGCAGAUUUACCGUGAUCUCUGUCUGAUAUCAGCACUUGAACUCUGCGCUGGAUUUGUAUUUGUUUGCCGCAUUUCAUGUAUGUAGAGCUAAAGGUCCGCGAUAAGGCCUAGAAACUAGAAAGUAUUUUGAGAAUGUUAUUUUGUUUAAGGCUGUGAAUAGCCAAGCCAAAGGUGUUUCAGGUUUGUCCGUGUUUGAGUACCAAACUGAUAACUUUGUUUCUGCAGGAAUAAUAUGAAGAGACUGUUUCGACCGUGUGUCAGAGGGAAUCAGCCCCCCAGUUAGUCCGGCAUGAGGUGCACACAGUCAGUAAGUUUAACCGAGUGAACUGGUCGUUUUCAGUCUUAUGAUAGUAUGUGCCUAGUAUGUGCUACUUGCAGUCGAAAUGUGUCAAGGACGAACGAGUAUGGGUCAUGUCAAGGUCUAAUCGUCAGAUCGAGUGUGGCUCAGUUGUUGUGUUAGGGAAGAGCUCACUGCUGCUAUAUGUGACGAUUGUUCUGACGUGUUGCAGAAACGGAUCUAUAGACAAGAUGAAUACAAGGUCCUGUGUUUGAC